GAGGCUCGGUGCUUCCGGUUGUCAUGGCGGCGCUUGGUGUUCGGCUGCCGGUGGUGGCCCUGAUGCUCCUGGCCUGGGGGCUGCUCGGGGGCAACUGCCAGUACAACGAGUAUAAAGCAGAGCAUUUCUUUAGAAGCGGACACACAAACAACUGGGCUGUCCUGGUUUGCACUUCCCGAUUCUGGUUCAAUUACCGUCAUGUGGCAAACACGCUGUCCGUGUACCGAAGCGUUAAAAGGCUUGGGAUCCCCGACAGCCAUAUCAUCCUGAUGCUGGCAGACGACAUGGCCUGCAACCCGCGGAACCCCAAACCAGCCACGGUGUUCAGCCACAAAAACAUGGAGCUCAACGUGUACGGGGACGACGUGGAAGUGGAUUACCGCGGCUACGAGGUCACUGUAGAGAAUUUUCUUAGGGUGCUGACGGGGCGUCUUCCACCGAGCACCCCGCGGCUCAAACGGCUUCUCUCGGAUGACAGGAGUAACAUUCUCAUCUAUAUGACGGGUCACGGAGGAAACGGGUUCUUGAAGUUCCAGGAUUCAGAAGAAAUCACCAACGUGGAGCUGGCCGAUGCCUUCGAGCAGAUGUGGCAGAAGAGAAGGUAUAAUGAAAUAUUGUUCAUUAUCGACACCUGCCAAGGAGCCUCCAUGUACGAGCGCUUCUACUCUCCCAAUAUCAUGGCUCUCGCCAGCAGUCAGGUGGGAGAGGAUUCUCUCUCGCACCAGCCCGAUCAGGGAAUCGGCGUUCACCUCAUGGACCGGUACACGUUCUACGUGCUGGAAUUUCUGGAGGAAAUCCAUCCCGCCAGCCAGAACAACAUGAACGACCUGUUCCAGGUUUGCCCCAAGAGCUUGUGCGUGUCGACCCCGGGGCACAGGACCGACCUCUUCCAGCGGGAUCCGCAGAACGUCCUCAUAACGGACUUCUUCGGCAGCGUCAGGAAAGUGGAGCCGACGAGAGAGACGGUGACCCUGAAACCCCGUCAGCAGGACACGGAGACGAGGUUUUCUGCCCCAGAGACCCCGACGGAUCCGGUCAGAUACCCCAACCAGCUUCCGGUGGCAGAAAUCAUUCACCAGAGAGAGAAGCCGAAGGAGUGGCACCCGCCGGGCGGCUUCAUCCUCGGACUCUGGGCCCUCAUCCUCCUCAUCUUCUUCCAAACGUACGGCCUGAAGCACAUGAAGCACGUUCUGUAACCGCUCCGCGCCGCCGACACCGCGAGACGCUCCGCACCGUGAGACCCCCGAUCCCGCGAGACGCUCCGCACCGUGAGACCCCGCGAGACCACGAGAUGCUCCGCGCCGUGAGACCCCCGACCCCGUGAGACGCUCCGCACCGUGAGACCCCCGCGAGCCGCUCCGCCGGCCCCGCUCCCUGCACCGCUCGGGGGCGUUUGGGGCGUCUCAGAUGUUCCAAAGCUGCUGUUUGUUUGAAACCAAUGAGACGCGGAGAACGAUAACGGAGACAAUAAAAAUAUUUAAGGCCGUU